UUUAUUUAUUUAUUGGGUGGCCAACCAAAAAGCGGCGCUGUUAUUCUAUCAAUGUUUUUGUUCCCCAAAUUGUAAAACGUGGAAUCUGUUUACUGGCGCAACGUCUGAUAAAAUCGUACUAUUAACAAGUAACGCAACAUAUUUGUGUUUUUGUACUUUCAUAAAUUGAAAGUUUGUUUUUCCAUGGUUAGAUUUUGGUCGUCCUUACGGAGACGCUUUGUUUACCUACUGCGACUAGAUACAUUUUGCUAGUUGCGGGUGAAAAAUCUAUGACAAUGUGUUAAAACAGCAUUCCGUUUGCUUUGUAACUCGGACAAGAAGAGAGCCGAUACUGUCUGGACACAGACUUCCUGGGAAGAAGAUGAUCGAAGUGGUGGCUUCCAUGGCUCGGGGUCCCGUGUUUCUGGCCGGGGAGCUAAUGGAGUGUCUCAUCACUUUCAGAAACCCCAUGUCCCACGUUUCUACCUCCGCGAACAGUGAGAUUUUGGCGUGGGCCAGCGCCCAGAUCCACUGCCAGUUUCACGCCAGUGAGAGCCGAGUUAGUCUGCCGAGCCGGGACAACAAGCAGGAUGUCCAGGCUGACAGCGACACCGUCCUCAUUCCAAGCAGAGGAGAGCGAGGCCAGUGUGUUCUGGACACACCACCCAAAAUCCUGUUCUGUGACCUGCGUCUGGAUCCAGGAGAGAGCAAAACCUAUUCGUACGGCGAGGUCGUACCCGUUGACGGUCCUCCAAGUUUCCGCGGCCAGGCCGUGAAGUAUGUCUACAAAUUAACCAUCGGGUGUCAGAGGGUCAACUCACCCAUCAAACUGCUUAGAGUUCCCUUUCGAGUCCUGGUUCUCCAAGGCGUGCCGGAAGCCUCAUUCACGCAGGACGAGGAAGUGUCGCCCUCAAACCCGUUCCUGGAGGAGGAGGAGGCGAGCCGGAGGGAUGCGCGGCCUUUGGAGAGAGCGCUGGACAUGCUUAUGAUCUCCACGUCCAGGCGUUGCCCUCACAUGUUCAACAUCACCAACGUGCGGGGGAAAGUGGCAAAGUUCUGCAUCUUCAAGACUAUGUACAGACUCGGAGAGGACAUCAUCGGCACGUUCGAUUUCUCCGAGGGAGCCAUUCCGUGCUUGCAGUAUUCGGUGAGCCUCCAGAGCGAAGAGGAGAUUCAGCAGGAGUACCAGCGUCGUCCCGGUCAGCCUCUCAGUGUGGCGGGACACGGACGGCAUCUGGAAUCGUGCCUGCACACGGCGUCCAGUCAUUUCUCCCUCCCCGUGCCCCUCAACGUCACGCCGGGCUUUGCCACAAACGUCGUGACCUUGAGGUGGCGCCUGCACUUUGAAUUCGUCACUGCCCGGGAGCCCGCCGAGCCGCCCGUCGUCCGCCAGAACGAAUCAAAGGCGACGGUGUGGGCCGGCGCCGAGAACGUCGAAGUCGACACGUUCAGUUGGGACCUGCCCAUCAAGAUCCUGCCCACCAACCCGGCCUUGGCAUCCUACGAGUCGCAGUUCACGGGGACCAACAGCAUCAGCAUUUGACCGUCAAGGGAACCGGGAUGAGCUUGAACACGCGCCAUUUGGUGUCAGAUGAACCCUUAUUUUUUUUAUUGUUGAAUUUCCAGUUUCGCACCACAGACAUGUACAUUUUACGUGAAGACAUCCAAAUUAAAAAUGGGAUGGAAAUUGAA